AGACGUGCCGCUAAGUCGGCAAGGACGAGAGUGACAGCCCUUGGUUUCUCUACAAUCUCCGCUUUGCUAGUGAUAUCUGCCUCUUUGGCGUGCCUGGAGCAACCAAGAACAAUAGCAAGUCCUCAACUUGCGACAUUGUCUACGCUUGCAAGCCACUCUAUUCGGCAUUACAGACGGACAUCUUGGACACCGCACACGGGAGCGGGGGCGGGAGUGGGAGCCUCUUCGCCGAGAUCGUCGAGAACAUUACAGCUACACCUUCCAACGAGACCUUGCCGUCCGACCAAGGCAACUCGACCAAGAAAGAUGACUGUGGCCAUGAUUGUUGGCAUCGCCGCUGGCGCAGGUCUACUGUUCUUCGGCAGCGCUGCACUGUUCAUAGUAUACUGGCUUCGGCUGAGGCGCUUCGACCGAGAAGAUCGAAUCAGGUACGGCAGUCAUGAAAUGUACCCGCCAUACAGGGGGAGGAGCUCGAUCGCCACUACAAACGGCGACGCCUACUUCAACGAGGAUCACAAGGAGGCCGUAUUCGAGAGCCAAGUAACCGUCAACAAUUAUGAUUACUACCACGCUGCCCCCAACUUUCAGAGCCUCCGCCCAGCAGGGGAGUUCGAAGCAGGACGCCCCAGCUACCAGGCAGGCUCCUCAGACAGCGCGAUCCCCGCGCACCCGGCAUAUAUCCCACGGUCCAUGGUGAGGCGGCACAGCCCCGCGCCACCCGUAACAAGGCCGCAGACACCCCCCAACAUCCCAUUCACCACCCCAUCCAUGCUCGACGGACAAGCAGCAGCCGCCCCAACGCCCGCCCCUGCCCCUGCCCCCGCCGUCGCACCCGCCCCGAGACAGACGUGGACCGGGACGCCCGGUCCCGCGGGCGAAGCCCACCGGAUGCAAGACCGCCGCCGCACAGGCGGCACAGAACCGCCGCCGAUACCGGGACCGGGGCCGGGGCCGAGCCCGACACCUCGACCGAGCCGCCGCCAGGCCUCAUACUCGUCGCCACCCGAGCUCCCCCGUCCCGCCACGAUCCCCGUCACCUCUGCCCAGCCGCCGCCUCCUGCCCCUCCACUGCCUCCGCCGCCCUCGCACCCCCCACCACCCAGGGUCCCCUUCCUGGACCUGCCUUCCAUCCCGCGCAUGCGCCAGCAGCCCAAGCGGUACUCGCCGCCGCGGGUCCCGCGGGUCGGCGGCGCCGGUGACGUCGGCGGCGCGACGGCGACGAGAAAGAGGUAUGGCUCGGUGUCGCUCGCGAGACCGACGAGCGACAUUUAUGAGUGAUGUGGGGUGACAACAUGUUGUGGCUCUUCUUUUGAAUGGGUAUGUGGGGUUACCAUCCUGUCUUGAUUGGGAUUAU